CUUAAUAAGAAAAACACAACAAAGCUUGAAUUUUGUUUGGAGUUCUUUUCUGUGUCAGAUUUCUAUCCCUUGUUGAAUAUAUGCAGCCGAUGUGGAACCAUUUUGGGCCAUGUUUGGUUUGAUAGAAAAUAAGCGAGAAAAAGGCAGAUUUCUAUCCGGUUUUGAAUUAUUGAAUAUAUAUUGGCAAACAUUCAAAUCCCUGGCGUGUCAUCUGUCACAUGCCACGCCUAUUGGAUAAUGCAAAGAAGUCCCAACAAGGGUGCGUUUGGCCUCACCAGAUUUUGGAAUUUCUUCGUAAAUAUAAAUGUUGAAGCUUCAUCUCAGCUCUCCCCGUAUGGUCUAGCUGUUACAACUCCUCACUUCGAUCGAGACGCCUACGUUUCUCUUCUUCGUCAAUGUGUGGAGGGAAAAUGUAUUGCCCAAAUCAGAAAUGUUCAUCUCCACAUGAUCAAAUCCGGUUUUCCUCUCCUCAGUUUAGGCAAUAAGCUCGUUGAUGCUUACCUCAAAUGUGGGGGCCUCGAUGAUGCCCGCAGACUGUUCGACGAGAUGCCCCAACGGCACAUUGUCACUUGGAAUUCUAUCAUUUCGGCUUACAUUCGCCAGAGAAGAAGCACAGAAGCUGUAAUGCUCUACGAGAGGAUGCUCGUAGAUGGAGUUAUAGCUGAUGAGUUUACGUACUCUAGUGUUUUCAGGGCGUUCUCCGAUCUUGGUCUUCUGCGUGAAGGUCGUAAAGCUCAUGGGCGGUUGGUGGUUUUAGGGUUAGAGGCCUCGAACGUCUAUGUUGGUAGUGCCCUCGUGGAUAUGUACGCUAAGUUUGGGAAGUUGAGGGAUGCCCAUUUAGUCUCGGAACGAGUUUUGGAGAAAGACGUGGUUUUGCUGACGGCUUUGAUUGUCGGUUACACCCAAAACGGAGGAGACGCUAAAGCUCUAGAUGUUUUUGCGAGCAUGGUCAAGGACGGUAUCAAGCCUAACGAAUUCACUUUUGCAAGCAUCUUGAUUGCUUGCGGAAAUUUAGAGGAUGUGCAGAGGGGGAAGUCAAUACACUGUCAUGUUAUUAAAUCCGGAUUUGAGGACAAAGUUUCUUCGCAAACUUCGUUAGUCGCAAUGUAUUCCAAAUGUGGCUUAAUUGAUGAUUCUUUGAAGGUUUUUGAUCGGUCUAUCAAUGCAAAUCAGGUUACAUGGACAGCUCAGAUCGCAGGUCUUGUUCAAAAUGGUAGAGAGGAGUCAGCUCUGUUGAUGUUACGCCAGAUGUUACGUAGCUCAACAAACCCAAAUGCUUUUACCUUAUCUACUGCUCUUCGGGCAUGUUCAAGCCUUGCUAUGUUUGAACAAGGGAAGCAAGUCCAUUCCCUGGUCAUGAAAUCUGGACUGGACACAGACAGAUUUACAGUAGCUGCACUUGUAGAUAUGUAUGGGAAAUGUGGGUGUGUCGAAACAGCUAGAUUGGUUUUUGAUGGUUUGGUUGAACUCGAUGUGGUGGUUGUAAACUCCAUGAUCUACAGUUUUGCCCAAGGUGGAUAUGGACAUGAAGCGCUCAAAUUAUUUGAUAGGAUGCCUGAUUUGGGACUUCAUCCAAAUGAUGUCACAUAUGUCAAUGCUCUCUCUGCCUGCAGCAAUUCAGGGUUGCUUGAGGAAGGCCAUAGGAUCUUCUCUUCCAUCCAUAGCAACCCUAGAAUUGAACUGUCGAUAGAUCACUAUACUUCCAUGGUUGAUCUUCUGGGACGUGCUGGAAGACUUGAAGAGGCCGAAAAAUUAAUUAUGCAAGUAAAAAAUCCAGACGUGGUUCUGUGGAGGACAUUGCUUAGUGCCUGUAGAAUUCAUGGGGAAGCUGAGAUGGCAAGAAGAGCUGCAAAUUGUGUGCUUGAGCUUGAUCCAGGGGAUGAGGGGACUCACGUCCUGUUGUCAAAUAUCUAUGCCUCAGCUGGCAAUUGGAGUGAAGUGGUGAAGAUGAAAAGCACAAUGAGGGAAUUGAGAUUGAAGAAGAACCCUGCAAUGAGUUGGGUUGUGGCUAAUGAGGAGGUACAUACAUUCAUGGCUGGAGACUGGUCCCACCCACGGUCUAUGGAGAUCUAUGCAAUGAUAGAGGAAGUGAUGGUGAAGAUAAAGGUUAUGGGCUAUGUACCAGAUACGAGAUUUGUGUUGCAGGACUUGGCUGAGAAUGAGAAGGAGAAGUCACUGUCUCAUCACAGUGAAAAGCUUGCAAUAGCUUUUGCACUGCUCAGCAGCAGCAAUGGGAAAACUUGUAUCAGGAUUUUCAAGAACCUUCGGGUUUGCGGGGAUUGUCAUACUUGGAUAAAAUUUGUCUCUAGGAUUGUUGGAAGAGAGAUAAUUGCUAGAGAUGCAAAGAGAUUCCAUCAUUUCAAGGAUGGCUUCUGUUCUUGUGGAGAUUAUUGGUGACCUUCAGAGAUUCCAUCAUUUUAAGAUCUCUUCUGAGCCCUUGAUCUGUGCAGUGACCAUCUCAACCAAUUAAUUAUCCAUCAACCCUUUGCUCAGGAGCACCUUAAUGAUUGAUAACACCUACUUUACGAGUCAUGGCCAAGACUGAAACGUCUAGAUGAUUUAGUGCCUAAAAUUGACCAACAUCCAAUCGACCAUUGUCUAAGUCGUAAUCAAAUUGGUUGGCAAAUAUUUCCAUGGUUUGGUUAUUGAUUUAUACAAUUUUGCUGCAGUCUGCCGUAGUUUUAUUUGAUUAGAUAGAAGAAAACAUUACCAAAAGAAAAGGAGUUUUUUUUCCUUGUGUUCUCAAGUAAAUUUUCAUUUCUUAUUUAUGGCGAUGUUACAUAGAAAAGGAGAAUACAAAGAUGUGGGGGUGAAUUGGUUUGGACCUCAA